AUGCACAUAGGAAGUGUAGAUGAGUUUGAGAAUGGGUUGAGGCAGGUUGCUGAGGAGAGUGGGGUACAGGUCUAUGCAAUCGACUACCGUCUCGCACCAGAGUUCAAAUUCCCAACCCAACUAGACGAAUACGACACCGUUAUCGAUUGGCUUCAGGGCGGAGGAGGCAAAGCACGAGGCGUUCACCCUGAUCGUGUCUGUGGCGGCGGCGAUUCAGCAGGCGGAAACAUGACAGCAGCAAUCUGUCUCCGACGCCGGGAUCAAAAGAAGAAGCCACUGGCAGCUCAGAUCUUGCUCUACCCCGAGGCGCGCCUUCCCUUUGAUACUCCUGCAGCUACUAAAAAUAACAGCGGCUACUACCUCGAAUGCAAUGGAAUCUUCAGUUUCGCAGACCACUACUUGCCGCGUGGUACGCCGCCUUCGCAUCAGUACAUUUCGCCUGGUAUGCAGAGUCUAGAUUAUCUGAAGGAUGUUCCGAGGGCGAGUGUGUAUACGAGUGGCUUCGAUCCGUUAAGGGAUGUGGGUGUCGAGUAUGCGAGUAAAUUGAGAGAGGCUGGGAACGAAGUCAGGUGGAGGCACUAUGGUGAUAUGACGCAUGGGUGGUUGCAGAUGGGCGCUUGGAGUGAUGAAGCAAGGAAGGCGAUUGGGGAUGUAGCAGGAGAUUUGAAAGUAUUCUGUUAUGGAAAGUAG